CUUGAUAUAAAAAAGGCAUCUUGCUUUCAAACAAACUAGAGUGGACCUUUCCUUCUGAUCAAAAAACUUUUUCCAACUUCUAAUCAUCAAUAUUAUUUUAAUCUAUUAUUAAAUAUUAGUUAAUUAUAAUUUAUUAAUUAGGCGUGACACAAGAGUGGUUGGUCACAUAAAAGGUGAACUUUAGACCGUGGGGUGUGGGGGGCUUGGGUUGGGGCAUUUGUUGACACGUGGAAUGGGGGCCCCUCCACCAUCAAAACCCACGCCCAUGGGGUAUGGUGGGGCUUGGGGACUUGGGUUGGGGGCAUGAAUUUGGUUUGGCCAUUCACAGCCCGCCAUGUCACUUACUAGCCCGCCCCACGCCCGGCUUCAAACCCACGCCAAUGGGGCCACGCCCAAACCCAUGCCCACCCGGGAUGGUGACUUGGGCGUUUUUCCCCAACCCACGCCCAAACUCCCGCCCCAUACCCCACGGCCUUACAUGGUGGUUAGGAUUAGUUUAAUACUUUAUAUAAAAAUUCUCUUUUAGACAAAGACACCCUCUAUGUUCAUAGAUCAUCACUAAAUAAUUAAUCUAACUAAAGUUGAAGAUAUUUUGUCCCGGAGAUAAUAUCAUUUUUGGAUCAUACUUGCCUUUCCUCUCCUCAAACACACUCCAUUUGCUACCAUCUUGAAUAUAGGAUUUUGUUAAGUUUUACUCUUUAGACAAGGCAUAAGUAUACAAAUCUUUAUUUUGGAUAUUUUUCUUCAUAUUUAUAGAUCGAGUGUAUGCUAACAAGUUUGUUUCGUAUGUCUCAUCAUCAUAUUUUCUAAUUUCGGUUAGUUACAUAGCUCCACAUUUGUUGUGUCGAUUUAGAAAACACACACCAUAUCGAUAUCACUCAUUUUAGAGCACCCGAUAUCUUAUCCGAAUAAGAUGCUCUCAAAAGUCAAAAGGAAUACUUCACUGGUUGAAGUAUAAGGCAAAACAAACCCAAAUUUAGGUCAUAAUUCAUAAACUCAUAAUAGGUUGAAGGUAACUUGUUGGGUCAUAGUGGGUCUUUUUCAAUGGGUCUAUAUGGGUUCAAUUGAGAGAGUUGAAUACUUGAAUAUGACUAAGGAUUAACAACGGUCUGGAACUCACAGGAUACAUUCAAAAAAGAAAAAAAGAACACAGCAUGUAUGGUAUAUCAAUAUAUCAUAUCAAUCGUAAAAGAUAUGAUUGUUCUUAUUUUUUCAAUUAUUGUUUUAGAUCUUCUCGAGUCAAAGAUGGGGCCUAUGGAUAUUGUUGGUAAGACCAAAGAGGAUGCUUUGUUACCGAAAGAUUCAUUUGCAGUGUUUUUAUUUUUUAAAAGUUCGGUGCCCCAGUUCGGCGGCUAGGGUUUAGUCAGAGUUUUCCCAACGAUUGAGUCAAAUCAACCACAUACAUUUGUUGUUGUUACCCUCGAUCCACCUAUCCGUAAGGGUCAAACUAUGUAUCGUUGCAGAUUAUGUGGUGGAAAGCACGUUGACCAUGAAUGAAGAUCUUUUCGCUACCAAAUACAAGGACAAGCUAGAACCAACUUAUAAGGGACUGAUUUAUGAAGUGUUUACAAUGGUAUUGAGAGGCUUAUCAGGCACAAAACUCACAAGUCCCGGAAAAUUCCGUAGCUGUCAAGACGGUUACGCUGUGAAGUCAUCGUUAAAAGCCGAAGAUGGCGUUCUUUAUCCGCUUGAAAAGAGCUUUUUCUUCUUACCAAAACCACCUAGUCUUAUUCUAUACGAUGAGAUGGCAAAAUAUUCCAAGUGCAAGCUGGAAUUCAGCAAGUGUCAAAGGAAGGAUAUAGGGUAUGUUUGGCAAAAGUAUUUGGUCGCAAAAGAAGAGUUCGGUGAUGAAGAGGUGAACUGUGAAUCUUCACCGGAACAGGCUGCAAAUUUUUUAUUUUGGUUUCGCUCGAUCCACUUUAGAUGAAGAAAGCCAAGAAUGCGAUCGUGAACCAACGCUACGUAGCGCGCCGCAACGCGCGCGGGGUAUAAACCUAGUAUAAAAUGUUUUAAAAAGGAAUGGGGAUAAAAACUAAAACUGUGUAAUGCUUUCACGCCCACGGCUAAUGUUUGUUUUAAUUUUGUUA